AUGUGGUUAAACGAAGAAACCGAGAUUAUCGGCGACGGCACGAUGGGCGUCUUCAACAUCAAGAGGCGACGGUUUGAGCUGCUGUCCGAGUGUCAGAGCGGCGACCUGACGUCGGUGGCGCUGAUGAAGCGAGGCAGGAAGGUGGUGUGCGGCUCCAGCGAGGGGACCAUCUACAUCUUCAACUGGAACGGCUUCGGCGCCACCAGCGACCGCUUCGCCAUCAAGGCGGAGUCGGUGGAGUGCAUCCUCCCCGUCACAGACAACAUCAUGUGCACCGCCUCCAUGGACGGCUACAUCCGAGCCGUCCACCUGCUCCCCAACCGGGUCAUCGGCUGCAUCGGGCAGCACGUCGGCGAGCCCAUCGAAGAGCUCGCCAAGUCGUGGGACGGACGCUUCCUGGCGAGCAGCGCCCACGACCAGCUCAUCAAGUUCUGGGACAUCUCAUGCUUACCCAGCGCCACAGUCAACGAGUACCGUAAGAGGAAGAAGAAGGACGGGCGCAUGAAGUCCCUCACCAAGAAGGCCCACGGAGACAACGACUUCUUCUCUGGACUCGUAGAGGAGACGGAGGAGAAGAAGGAGGAGGAAGGAGGAGAAGAAGAUGAGGAGGGGGGAGAGGAGGACAGCGACAGUGGCAGCGAUUAAAACGGCUGACUUUGGGGUCAUGUUGAAUCGAUCCAGAGACCUCGGACUGGGCCACGUUGCAUCAUGGGACUUGUAUUAUUGUACUGUAUUAUUAUUAUGAGUUUGGACGUGGAGUCAACCGCCUACUGUGUGUGUGUGUGUGUGUGUGUGUGUGUGUGUGUGUGUGUGUGUGU